AGAGAACUAAAGGACAGAGACUAUGUCCUCCAGAACUUCCCUCUAAGGUUAAACAAUGUGUUGUCCAGAUCUUUACCCUGAAGGAUGGUCUCAGUUCAGAGCUGCACCAGGAGGAAUAUGGCUGGCUCUCCUCCUGCUUUACCGGGCUUCGGGAACUCUGGAAAGUGUUUUCUUAUUGACAAUCUGCUGCAGUCACAGACACCUUCAGCCCACCCAGAAGGGACAGCAGGUGGACACCUGAGACGAGCAGCCUGUGAGUGUCCGAGGAGAACCUGGGGCUGUGAGCAUGGAGUCUACCAAAGCCAGGCCCACAGUCCCCAGCAGGGGAAAGACUAUAGAGGACCACUUCUGCCACACUCAGGUGUACUGAGCAGUGUUUUCCUGCGGAGCCCACAGUAUCUGCUGGCAUGCUGUGGUGGGUCCAGCCCCCCUCCUGUCUUCUCCAAGGGAGCAAAUAUUCGAAUGUGGUCUGCUGAUAUAAGUCCCAAAUCACGCAGGGGGAUCCUCAGGAGGGCUGUGUUCUCUGAAGAACAACGAAAAGAGCUGGAGAGAACUUUUCGGAGACAGAAAUACAUCAGCAAGACCGACCGGAACAAACUGGCAGCUGAUCUCAGUCUCAAGGAGUCUCAGGUGAAGAUCUGGUUCCAGAACCGCCGAAUGAAGUGGCGUAACUGUAAAGAAAAGGAGGUUCAUAACACUCGCUCCCCGAUGGAUGAGCUCAUGGCCCGGGGUCUCGCUCAGGAAGAGGAAGAGCCAUCACAGAAUCACUCUGACUCGAAGAGCGAGAGAUCACCAGCACAGAAGAGUGUCAGGGACACAUGAGAGGCUGUAAGGAGUGGAAAGUAAAUCAAUGACUUUCUCAAAUCCACAAAAACCUGUAAAAAAAAAAAGGCUACGAUACUGGAAGGAUGUUAAAAGAUGUGCGGAUGGAAUACACCGUCUGUGAAGACUAACACUGAUAAUAUUAACUUUACAAUGCAUGUGACUGUCUCGCUGCGUCAUGAAUCAUCCGACUGAGUUUCACUGGCUUUAGGAAGCAAUGUAUUGUUUUAUUACGCUGACAAAUCUUUCUGGGAAAGAUUCCCACUCUUCGAUUGUAAUUGCAAUCAGCUAAAUGCAGAAAUGUCACUUUUUAUAUCUUUCAUGUUGUGGUCAGCUUUACAGCAAUACUCUGCUCAUAAUCCAAAACCUUUUUUUAAAGUCACAUCU